ACUUUUCACAUAAGAUUCAAGGAAUCGCCAUCUCGAAGUCCUGGUUUCAUUCACGGACGAAUCCAACCUCUAGUUUCCGAUAUUUUUAUUAUUAUAUAUUCUUUGUGUUGUGGUACCUUCGUUGUUCCAGAUUUCCAUAAUACAAGUGCUUAAGCUACUUAAUUUGGGAUCUGUCUGAGCACUGUAUGUGGUAUUGUCUUCCAUGACAUUUCCUCUACCAAAUGUUAUGUUUUGAGAGUAUCCAUUAAUCAUAGUACAAAUCAUGUUUUUUUUUCCUGUCCGUAAAAACGACCAAAUGCGAGCUAUCUUGUCCAUCGAGGAUUUAAAAAAAGUGAGAAAUAAUACUUAUCUCAAAAGUGACUUAAUUAUUCAAAAAUAAGUCUGCUGUAGGUUAUCAAUGAUUAAACAAUAAUUUAAUGUUUGGUGAUAUUAUUAUUAUUUUUAUAUAGAUGCCACUAGAAAUAUUAAAUAUUUGAAUAAAAAAAAUGUUAAACGUCUUGGGAAAGGAGAAUUUGUUUACUUGCUCGACAUAAUUUUUUCUAAUACAUAUCUAUAUUAAUAUUAUAAAGAUAAAUAAUUUGAUCGUUUGUUUAGUUUGCAUUUAAUAGGCUGCGGAAAUACUAGACUGUUUUAAAAAAAGUCACCUAUAAUUUACGAAGGCGAAGACGCGGGAAAAAAUUUAGUUUGAUAGAAAUUUCACAUUCAUGAAGAAAUUGAACAUACCUACUUACAUAAAAAAUUGUUUUACAAAGAUACAUAUCCGUUGCACGUAGAAAAUAUUCCUUUCGUAUUUAUCAAAUACGCUAUCUUUUGUUUUUGCGCUGAUUAUAACAUUUGUUUUGUUAUAAAAAUACCGAUUUUAUUUCGAUAAAAUUUAUAUGAAACCACUUGGAGCCCAUAAGUUGUCUAAUAAAAAAAAUGAUAAUCGGUUAAAUCACGGAAAAGUCAGUGAACAUACACAGAAAAAAACAUACAUCGCCGUCGAAGAUUUAACCUCGAUUUUAAAGUCUGUAAUCGGCUUUAUAGUUCGUCAAUUUUUUUUCCCACAAUAUUAAUAAACGUAGGUAUGUGUAUAUAUGUAUGUAGACAGGUAACUUGUGUCUGUUAUUAUUAAAAAAUCUUAUUAGGUACUUGGUUAUUAAAAUAUAUUUUCCCGUAAGAAAAUUUAAUCACGUAUUUUUCAUAUUAACAAAUAGGUUAAAAUAUCAUUAUAAGCAUAUUAAGAUAUUUUCUUAAAUCUCCUAAAAUUAUAUACGUGCACUGGGAAUAUGGUACCUAAGCAUAUAAUGUCACGUAUGAAGUGGCAAUUUGGUCAAUGUCCGUCGACCUUCUUGAAGGUUGGUAAUAAUAACACACUGAGCGAAGGCUUUUUAUAUGCAGACACCUAAACGCGCAGCUAUGCACCGCACAAAUUAACACAGGGUUUUUCAUUAUCAUUGACACAGAAGAUCAUUGCUCAAUCUAGAGAGCGCUGCAGAAUCGGUCCAUUUAUGAAUGUCAACGUUCGAUUCAGCUAUGUUCACUAUAUAAAUACUACUCUUGACCUUUAUCUUUAUUACUCUGUCAGUCGUCACCGCUGACAUGGCGCGUCGGAUCGUCGCGUUGCUGUUAGUUAGCGUAGCCUCCUGCAUGGAGAUGCGGGAGACAGUAGAAAGAAUGGUUAUGGUACGGACAACAGGUUCCGACCUCCAGCCGGCUGCUACAGGAUACAUAUAUAAGAAAGAUAACAAUGGUGCCGCUAGCGUUAUUAAAAUGGGAGAAAGUGAAGUCAUGGAACACUUAUCUAAACUCUAUGAACAGCCUGAGGCGUUUGCUGCACCCAUUCCCGUAGCAGCGGGCCCCUUUUAUGCAAAAGAGGAGGACGGUAUAAAAUCAGCUUCUCGUACAGAUGAACAUGUUAUUCCCGUGGUAGAAAAAUCAGAAGAUGAUCACGAUAAUAUAGACGGUAUUGCUGAUGAAGACUAUCAAAAAAUGUUCAAAGAUUAUGCAGGUGAUUUUGGCAAGUAUAACGGCGACUACACUGAUUACUUGCAUGGAUUGGGAUAUUUUGAUCAUGAUAUUUUCCACGGACAUGGAGGAGGGGAAGGUUAUGGGACAAAAGGGUACAAAGAUCACGGAAAUAAAGGGUACAAAGGAUAUGCUGAUGAACAUCAUUAUGGCAAAGGGGGUGGUGGCGAUUACCACACCGAGAAAUACGAAAGAUAUUCAGUAUCCGGAGAACGAGGUCACAAGAAAAGUUACGGCGACGGAGACGCAUAUGGCAAUCAUUUCGACCAAGGCCAAGGACUCAAAGGAAAUGACCACGGACACAAAGAGUUACACAGCAAAAGUGAAGAGGUCGAUGGAUAUCAUAAAGUCUUCGACAAGGACGAAUAUAAAAAAGAUCAAGACGUUUUCGAUGGCGAAGACGUCAAAGGUGGCUUCGGAGAGCACGCUGACGGACACGCUCAUCACGGAUCAGACAACGCAAAGUUCGCGAAAGGAGACGCGCAUGAAUCAGACCACGACGAGUCUGAUUUCGGAAAGGGUGGUUUCCACGAACAACAUUCCGGAGCGGAGGACGGAGCAGAGCAUUCUUCCGACGAAGGAGGAGAGUCCAACAACCAACAAGAAGGCGGAUUCGGCACCGAGAACGGAGAAUACGACGGCAAGAGCUACGGUUAUAAGAUCAAACAUUGAUGCGGUUAUGUUAAAGAUAGUUGUUACAAUUUUGUUGACUUUUGAUUAUAUUUUGUAAAUAUGUGUAGUCUAGGAAAAUAUAAAAUAAGCCAUUUUUAAUUUGUACUCAAUUAUUUUUAUUUUACGGAUUUAUAAUAAAAUGUUCAAUAACACUAAAACAAGAACAGUGCAAUAUAAUAUAAUAAUAAUAACCAUUUCGAACACAAAUAGCUUUAAUAUAUGUAGCUAAAGUAAUAUAUGCACGUAAUUGUCCUAUCCAAAUAUU